CGCCCAUUCCUGUCGUGCCGGGCAGGACCCUGCUGCCGCUGCUGCCGCUGCAGUCCGCGAGUGUGCGGCGAUGCGCAGUUGUCACGCCCCGACGUGACGCAUGAAGCCCCAUCCCAUCCCCUCCCCAUUUCUCUGCCGCAAGCCGUGAGCUUUGGGCGUUGGUCUCGCUCCAUCUCCACUUGCGAAGUGCCUCCUCACGUCUCCGUCUUCUCUCUCUCUCUCCCUCUCCAUCAGUGCCGGUCCCGCCCGGCUCUCUGCUCGUUCGACCCGCCGGGAGAAAGGGGUUUCACUUCCCCUUCUUCUUAACAAUUCGUCGUAGCUUCAUCUCCUCGUUCUCCCCCAACAUCUCUUGCUCUGCCGUGAGCGUGCAAGUGACCAUCGGGCAAGUAUGUUCCUGCUACUUUUGUUCGUGAUCUUCCUGCACAUCGUGCCCAUUGUGCUGCUCUUCGUCUCAACCAUCGACAGCUCAUGGUGGGUUGUGGAGAGCAACGUCACAGAUCUGUGGUAUUCUUGCCAUAUUUAUAAAGAAGAAUGGAAGUGCAAUGAUAUUAAUUACAAGAACGAAGAUGCAGAGUGGAUUCAGGCGGUGCAAGCCCUGAUGAUCCUGUCGGUGAUCUUCUGCUGCUGCGCAUUCUUCGCCUUCGUCUGCCAACUGUUCACGCUGAAGAAGGGCGGCCGAUUCUUCAUCACCGGAGUGCUGCAGCUUCUGGCGUGUGCCUGCGUUUUGACCGCUGCAUCCAUUUACGUCGGCUGGUUCCAGCCUCAGCAUCUGCCCUCCAGUGGCCCGGGCUACUCCUAUAUCCUAGCGUGGGUCGCCUUUACCCUCACUUUCCUUAGCGGCAUCAUAUACUGCUUUUUGCGAAAGAAGGAAUAAUGUAGCGGGCACGUUCCCGAGUGGGGUCAAGGGUGCUUUUCCUGGUUGGAGUACUUUUUGUUUUGUCAUAAUCACUGGUACUCCCUUUGCAGACGAUGCCACAAGGUCCUCAAAAACUUACAAUGCUUUCAUUUUGUACAUGUUUGUAAAUAGACAAGUUCAUUGUUCAAGAAUGCAAUAGGAGUCAUAAACGUAACAUUUUAUUUUAUGAUUUCACGUGUUACUUGACCGAGGCAUCAUAAGAAGUGAAACUACACAAAUAUUAAUGUAUUUUCAUCUGUGAAGUAUGCAAUCGAUAGUACUUAACAAUAAUGAUAGUGAGCAUGUUUUCUGCAUAACAUUUUUACAUUUUAAAUGUUUCAUGUUCUAAGAUUGAUUACAUGAUUCUUUUAAGAGCUAAGGUCUAUGCCCAAAAGACUUCCAUUGCUUGCUGAAAUCUAUGCAAAAAAUAACAGCAUGUAAAGUUUUAAGAAGUAACGUCAUUGUAUUUGCUAAUUUAAAAUCACGAGAUUAUGAUGGGGCAUCUCUUGAGGACUAGACUUCACGUGAAAAGCCUUGACUACAAUGCUUACAGUACAGUGUAUUAAUAGUGG